AUGGGUAUUAUAAAACUGAUGGAAUUUAGAUUUAAAUCUAAAGUUAUUGGGAUUUGUCUUGUUAUUAUAGCUUUAAUUGAGCAAUCUAAUGGGAUAGUGAGCAAACUACCUUUUGGACCAUUUAAUAUGACAACUAAUAAAUCAAAUAUUAAUGGGGUUUCUUCAAAUAAUUCAAAUUAUAUAUUGCAAAGUAAUGCCAUACCACAGUAUCUCGAUAAUUCUGAUUUAUCAGAUAGCAGUAACAUAAAGGCUACUAAAGAUUUCAACUUUAAAGAAGAUGGUUUGCCACCUGAAUCAGAAAUAGUGAAACCAGAAUCUCCAGAUAAUCAAGAUACCUCUGUUUUAUAUGAUAUUGGUGAAUCAGAAACUCAUGGUGUUAUGCAGAGUAUUGAUUUUGAUUUAACUACAGGACAACACAAAGGAUUGAAUGAUGAACUUAUUAAAAUAUAUAAACAAGAUUCUAAGUUAACUGAAGGUGAGGAGCUCAAUUAUUCAUUAAAAGAUAAAUUAAAACCUAUAAACUUUGAGGAUAAUUUAGAAGAAGCAAAUUCUCCUGAAAGUGAAAGAAAGGAUGUGGAUACACAGGUAGUUAUACAGAAAAUGGUUGAUAAAGUAAAAGAUAAUAAAGACUCUGAAUUUAUUAGAUCGGACUUGAAGACAGAGAAACAUGAAUUAAAUAUUCCUGAUAACUCAUUUACUUUUGAGGAGAACACGUUAAGUGAUAAUUCAGGAAUACCAGAGUUGAAAAAGCCUGAAAAACCACAAGAAGAUGAUAUGGGGAAUUUAGAAAACAUUGAAUUAGAAAAAAUGAAAGAUACAGAACUACCUGAGAACAAUAUACAGAAUGAAAAUGUUCAGAAAAUAGAAGAUAUUGAGGAUUUUGAAGAUAUUCAAAAAGUAGAUAAUAUUGAGAACUCAAAAAAUCAGCAGCAGGGAAUUACUCAGUAUUCAGCUAAUAAUAAAAUAAAUUUAAUUGGAUUGGAUAACAAUUCGGAAUUUCUUACUGAUGAGACUGAGAGUUUGGUUAAUGGAAAUAAUCCAAAUAUAAGGGAAUUAUCUGUGAUAGAUAAUAAUGAGUCUACUACAGUGAUGGAUAAUAAGGAAACAGAAGACUUAGUAAUUUCCAGCAAUGGAAUUCCUUCUGGUCCUACUGUAGAAUUAGAUGUUAGUAAAGAAUAUAAGAAUAUUAAUAUAACUAAUCCUAUAAAGGAGUCUUCAUUAAUUAUUGAUCAUUCACUACUUCCUAUAAGAAAACCAGUGUCUAGAUUUAAUAGAGAUGGUAUCAUUAUUGAAGCUAUAAAAGAGAAUAUUUCAUCUAAAGGUUUCCACUCUAGAAAAAGAUCCCCAAGUUUAAAAUCAUCUUUUAAAGCAACAAGGACUUUGCAAAAAUUUUUGCUUAAUACAAAAUCUCAACUUUUAAAGCAACGUGUACUUUUAAGUUUGUUAAGAGGAAUGAGAUUAGAUGACUUAAAUCUUUUAUUAUUUAUUACAAAGGAACUUUUAGAGGAAAAGAAGGAAGAAGAAAAGAUAAUGAAAGCUAUGGCUAGUAGUCAAGUCCCUGAUAAGCCUCUUCUGGGUAAGUUAUGGAUUGAUAAACAGAAACGAAUACGUUCAAGGAGACCGUCUACUUUCUCUGAAAGCAACUAG